AUGGAAUAUUUGCUUCCGACGCUGACGAAGAAGGCGGAGAUCGAUAGGAUCAUCAGAGACACGAUCGAUAAAGUGCUUGUGCUGAGAUUCGGGCGUUUCUCCGACGAAGAUUGUCGUCAGCUUGAUCUCAUUCUUUCGAAAACGGCGAGAGAUGUUUCGAAAUUCGCUACGGUAGCUUUGGUGGACGUUGAUUCGGAGGAAGUUCAAGUUUAUGUGAAGUACUUCGACAUUACUUUAUUCCCUUCCACUGUCUUCUUCUUCAACGCUCAUCACAUGAAAUUGGAUUCUGGAACUGCUGAUCAUACGAAGUGGAUAGGUAAAUUCCACAGAAAACAAGACUUUAUUGAUGUUGUUGAGGUAAUUUUUAGAGGAGCGAUGAAAGGGAAGAUGAUUGUUCAAUGCCCAAUUCCGCCGGAGAGAAUACCAAAGUACCAGCUCUUAUACAAGGAUGUGUAG